UUCAUCAACAAUGUUCCAGAAUCCACACAUUUCCUCUUCACACUCAUCCCACUCCCUGUACCGCGACACAUGAGUACCUUUAUUGACCAAGACCUAGUUCUAACAAGGGAAAACCAGUUUAAAUAUACCACUACAAUAGUUUUUCCAGAGGCACGACUAGCCAUGAAGUCUGAAGGCAUCCCAACGCCCAAUCGACUAUAAGCAUCGCAUCCCUCCAAACGAAGACUCCGCGACAAUGGCCCUCUUCCUCUCCCCCCCUAAGCUUGUGCUGCUCGCCGUGCACCUUGCUGUUAAGGCCGACAUUGAUAGCUUGACCUCCCUCGCCGCUCACCAUGGCUCCGUUCUUCGCAAAGAACUACUUCUACGCAUCCUGCUCACAUACCUUCCCGAGACUUUGCGAUCAAGCGACUACGUCACCCUAAUCGAACAUAUCGAACGUGGAGACUUUCCAGAAUCGCAACUUGAUUCCACCGAAAACGGGCAGAAGCAUGAAAUCGACGUUUCUUCGGUCGAGUCGCUUACCGAAGAGGAAGCUAUCAAGAAGGUCAAGAAGCUCCGACUGCUACCCCUGUCCUCCCCCGAGGCUCCAUCCACGGCAGAGGUCGCCGCCGACGAUACAACAUCUCUGUUCCUUUUGCGCAGGUCCUACAAGGUGGAUGAAGAGGCUGGAUUACUCACUGAGCUACCGGCUCUGUUGGCGCCAUUCUUGGAUCAUUCCCCCGCAAUCAGGUGGCUUUUGGUCUCGACGAUACUGCCGCUGCUGCGGCGCAACUGCGAAUAUUACCCUAACGAACCGAUUCCGUACACGCUGGCCGCAUUCCAGAGGUUGCCUGAAAGGACGAUAGCAAACGUGUUGUUGUCGCAGACAGGCGCUCGGGAGGAGGAUUAUGGACAAAUUGGUCGCGACCUGAAGGGCAUGAUCGCGCCUUGGAUACUGGAUAGGAAGCGGUGGAAUAACAAGGGUCAGGAAUCUGGUUCGGCUGAGGAAUUGACGCCUAGAGGUCCCGGCACGGAUGAGGAUCUUUGUCCAGGAUGGAAUCAGGUGUUGCGUUGGCUCACUGCGAAUGCCUCGAAAAACUGGAGGGUGGCGGCCAAUGCAUUCGACCAGUGGGAGGGCCCCCAAUCCGUGGAUUUGGGAGGAAUUCUAGGAGGAGGAGAGGAGACCCAACUGAACGACGAACAACGACGCCAUCUCGACUGGACGUACGCCCAAGCUGCUCUGGCAUCUACAUAUCUGAUAUCGAAUGCAUCAGUUGAAGCACUGGAGGGGGCUUAUGCGAUUCUUAACAGGGCUGUCAUCAUCACCAACCAGGACCCUCUUCCACCACUGCAGAAUGCGGUGGGCUUGUUAGCACCACUUGCCGAGCAGGUUGAUGGCAUAGUUGCCUCGCCAAAGAACGCGACCUACUUGCGCAGUGACUUCUUGGACUCAUCAAACGUUCUUACUUGGCCAACGGAGACGUCAACUGCUUUUUGCCAAGCCCUAAUCAUAAGUACCUUUAUCCUAACCAGAGCUGGGUCGCCAUGCACCCUUAGGAGGGUGGGUGAGCUUGCACUAAUGCAGGAUGAGCGAGAGCAAAAAGCGGAAGCCCUCAAGCUCAUCCAUGCUCUGGCUAACCAGGGACCAAAGACGGACGACAAGUUCUGGAUGAAAGCCCGCGAUGAGAUACUGUGGCUUCGUGAUUGGGGUGCUGAAGAUGGCUGGGGUGCCACCGAUUCGAGGCCUAAGGGCAUCUUCAGCCAGCUUAAGAAGGAGUUUUUGGAGGUUGAGUUCCUCAAGGCUUUGCUCACUAACACUCGUUACGCUCUGGCAAAGUCGAUUUAUGAAGAUUCGGUAGAACGGCCAUUGGACGAAAAGGUGCUGAAAGAUGCCGUUUUCUCUUCGGCCAUGACUGCUUACGACAACGCCUCCAAUCCCAACCGCACAAGGGGUGGGCUGAAGAAGUGUGAUGAUAUCAUCAAAGGAUUCCCCAAGACAAUCUCCAAGUCCGAUCCCGUUGCCCAAAAGAUCGAGGCUCUUCUCCAAGCCACACAUGCCCUCAGUGAAUUCCGCCUAGUACUCAAACAAGGUGAACCCUUCACACCGGUUGUUCUACGAGUUCACGCCGACCCCAUCUCUAUCAUCGACAGAAUUCUUGAACAGAACCCCAAGAGUUACACCCGACUUCAUGACCUCCUCGACAUUGGAGCCGGCAUGGUCAAAGCCGGACUAAUAGCCACCACCAAAACUCGAGCAUCAAAACAGCAACACAGCAGCUACACGGCCGCAACCAUCUCUCCCGAGGAGGAAGAAAAGCAACGGCUAACAGCCGAGCGCCGUAUAACCGCCAUGUGCAUUGACGCCGCCUUGACCGAAGACGAUUUUGAGACCGCCUACUCCUACAUCCUCAAUCGGCUCUCCUCCCCACCAUCCUCCAGGAACAGAUCCUCUACUCCAUCAUCAGUCGUCAUCGAAGACGACUACUCCUGGAAAGCCGCCCUCCAAGCAGGCAAGUACCGACGCACCAGCCGCACCGUCCGGCCCACCCACCUCGGCACCAACGCCUCCGCCAACCCAGAGAUCCGCCAUCUCGAGCAGCGCAUCGAGUGUCUCUCCACAGCCUUACGCAUCGCCCCCACACCCACACUCCAAGAGAUCCUCAACGCAUUCCGAAGAGCAGAAGAGGAGCUUGAUUCCGCGCUCAAAGCCGAAGAAGAGGCCGAAGACGCGUGGGAUGCGGCAGGGGACUCGAUGCAUGGUCAUCAUGGUGGUGGGCAACGGGUGCCAGGGGCGUUUGGUACACCACCUGGUGGUGGUGGUACUAGGCAACAUAUCUCCGCUACAGGUAUUGGGAGUGGUGGAUCAAGCGCCGCUGCGGCUGCUGCGCGCUCAGCCAAAUCAUCAUCAGACUCGCGUCAUCAGCAGCUGAAGCAUAAACAAACAGAAGAAGCGCCCAUGUCCCUCUUCGACCUCUCCCGCGCCUCGGUCCUCUCCGCGCAAAAAAACCUCUCAGCUUUGUCCUCUCUGCAGCGCGUCGCCGGCGGGCUGGGUGGUCAUUUGGGUGGUGUAGCUGGUGGACUAAGCGGUAGUGUAGGCGGUCUCGUUGGUGGGUUCACCUCCUCCUCCUCCAAUACUACAAAUGCUGCUGGUAGGAAUAGCCUUAGCAGUGACCGUGACCGGGAUAACAUGAGGCCGGGUAGUAGAGGUAGUACGUCUACCGCCGGUGGGAUGACCAACAGCUUUUACAGCGACGGAACUGGAGGAGGGGAGGAAGGUAAUGGAGGUGGUGGUCAACAGGGGAGAGUAAGAAAGAGAGAUCAACUGAGAGAGGCGGCCAUGGGCACGUUGGUGUCGGGCGUGGGGUGGUUGGUGGGUGCGCCGGCGCCGGCACAGGCACAAGCACAAGCACAGGGGGGCAAUGGGAAUAAUGGACAUAGGAGAGACGAAUAGGAGCAGGUGUGGUAGUCUUUUUUUCUUUCUUUUGGGUUUCUGGAUAGGG